AUGCAGGCUUCAACGAGCCCCUCUGAAACUGGCAGAGGAUACGCGACACGGAGAGGCCAUGUGCCUCAAUUGUCCAUCAGUGACCCGAGUCACCAUGUCACGGAAGCGAUCGGUCAUAUGUACGAGGACGAUUACGACCGACAGGACCCAAACCGUCUCAGUUUUCUGUCCUCCCCAGUGAGCGAGAACAUAUCGAUCAUACCCCCCAGCCUCGCUGGGUCCGAGAACCCCUCCUCACCGCAAUCGCUGCAGGUACAGAAUCACUUAAAUACAGUCAAUAACCGUCAGGCAAAUGGACAGCCGUCACGGCCGCCGUUGAAUCCUUCCCAAUCCUUUGAUCGAGAGAGCAGCAGCCCGACGUCUCCCGGCUCGACCGACACCGCCACGACCUCCUUCCCUCUAAACGAUAUCGACUACGAGUCCAAUCCGGCUGCCGUGGCUCAGGAACUCAGUAACCUCGCCGCGAUCCGUCGGAUGUCUAUGGAUGUGGCAGCCGCAGGGGAUCCUGAUCUUCCGAGUUAUGGCUCCAACGUCUCCGUGCCGUCAAUAGCCCCCUCCCCCUCCGCCGACGAAAAUGACGCCUCCCGUCUCUUCUGGGUCCCAGCUCGCUUGCACCCGGAGCUGGCUCCUAAAGAGUUCAAGUCAUUUCUCGAAGGCAAAGCGGAGCAGAUACAUCGAAAAUCGGGCGAGUUCUCGCCCUCCGGUUUCGAGCGAGAAGGAUCGGCCGGGUCGCUUCGGCGGAAGAAGUCCAUGUUGUCGAGGCAGAUUGAUAACUCCCAAGGAUACACCGAUGGUGCUGAGCGUCUCGAGCGGAAGCGAUCGCAAACGACGAGCAGUGCUUUAGGCCCUAACUUGCUGCAGCUUGAGUCGUUGGUCGAUGACUCGAAAGAGCACGACUCGGCCGCUGCGCCUCUCGUGAAUGGAGUCCAGAAAUUCGCCAUAUCUACGGACGAUGACAUGCCAAUCCUUCCUCCAGCUCCCCCAGGCCACAGCCUCCGGCGCUCCACCCGCACACAGUACAGGAAAGCUGGAAGUCUACGGAAGGGAGAGAAGCUUCCGUACUCGAAGAGAGUUGCCAAACCGUCCGAGCUGAAUGACCGAGUCCCAUCGAUAAUCACCACUCCUGCAGACGAGCCCACCCUGGGGUUGACCCGUGUAGCAACCGAUCCCGCCCCGACGACAAAACGAGCGCAAGCCGAGGUCGAUGCCCCUGACGAAUCGACAAGGAAUCAAGCAAAGGUUGGUAGCGAGAAGGAUAAGAGUCGGUCGGACACGGAUCCCUCAGGUAUAGCGAGUGCACCCCCCCACGGACGUCAUGCAUGGCAUUCCCGUAUCAGCUCCAAUGGUCGGUCAACCUUGAAUCUUCCACCCACCGAGCAACGGGUACCAGAAAUUAUUGAAACACCCCCCGCUGAGUCUGAUCCAGUCUCUACGACACCCACCACGCCUACGACGCCUAAGACGCCUACCUUCCAAUCUAGCCACAAAUCAGGACUGGAUGCAUCGUACGAUGCGUCGCCAGGACUUCCUGGCAAGGAUUCCCCCGUUCAAGCUCAAGAUGUCAAACCAUCAAAGCGAUCCGCAUCCGCGCGACAGAUUGUAAAGGAAGGAUCGAAGACGCUCAACGACCUCGCCAACAACCCGCAGCCACUUCCCGGAAACACAAUGCGAACGGACAGCCUCUCAUUCAUCCCUACGAUGACGGAAGAUCGGAAACCGGAAACCAAGAAAUCCAAGGAUAAAAAAGAGAGCGACGGUGGCCGCAAGUCGAGUUGGCACUGGCUGCUGGGCUCUGAGGAAAAGGAGAAAGAAAAGGACACAAAGAAGAAGGACAAGGACAAUGAAUCCAAGCGAAGCAAAUCGAAGUCAGUAGACAAGACUCAUCAGUCUGUACACACGUCCUCAACCAACGAGAUCAGCCCGCGCGGGCGCGAAAGUAUCACUCCGGAUCGACUCGACCCGAAAUUGGAGGAGGAGCGCCGGAAGGACAGUGUCCGACGCACUUCUGGGGAGUCGAAAAAGGACAAGGAAUCCGGUCUGUUUUCGUCGAUUUUUGGCGGUGGAAGAAAGAAGAACAGUGGCGAUAGCCAUCAUAAGAAGAGCGCAUCGCGGACGUUGUCCCCUGAGCCCCCGGCGCGCGAGCAACGGCCAGAUGUCGACUAUCCUUGGACCCGAUUUUCCAUCCUGGAAGAGCGAGCCAUUUAUAGAAUGGCUCACAUCAAGCUGGCCAACCCUCGGCGGGCGCUCUAUUCGCAAGUUCUGCUCAGCAAUUUCAUGUACUCUUACUUGGCCAAGGUCCAGCAGAUGCAUCCACACAUGAUGCUCGCAUCGUCCGGGUCGCAAAGGCAACAACAACAGCCACAACAGCAACAACAACAACAUUCGCGGGAUCAGCCGGAGGAGUAUUCACAAUAUCAGCGAUAUCAAGAAUUCCAGUCUCAGCAGGAGCAGCAGCACUACAACGAUAGCUCGUACGACGACCCUCAGAUGUACGAGUACAAUGACGAUCCGCGCGAUGCCCACCGGCCGCACUCGAGGGGUAGUAAAUAUGAGAACGGGAAUGCAUAUGGUCCCGGACAUCACCAACAUGGACAUUCAGCCGUUGGUGACGAUGCCCAACUGGAUGAUGAUGAUGACGAGAUGUGGUGA